AUUCAGUGUUGGGAUUUCGGGGUGGGACGAUCGUUCUUGUAUUCUGUGGAGCUGGAAGCGGGUCGGGCUCUGGACCAGCAUCUCGCAAGCAGAGGGCUACAGCGGAAGGCAGGACGUGCCUGGCGAACGGUAGGAAAUGUUUUCCCGAUUAAGAAUAGGCGUUGCUCCUUGUGCGCUGGCAUGCCGCAGUUUACACACCAAAGAAAAGGGCAAGCCGCUGAUGCUGAACCCCAGGACGAAUAAGGGUAUGGCUUUUACGUUAAAAGAACGUCAAAUGCUCGGCCUCCAAGGACUUUUGCCUCCAAAGAUAGAGACCCAAGACAUCCAAGCCAUGCGCUUCCAUAGAAAUCUGGCCAAAAUGACCGACCCUUUGCAAAAAUACAUCUACAUAAUGGGAAUCCAGGAAAGAAACGAGAAGUUAUUCUACAGGGUGUUACAAGACGACAUCGAGCAGUUAAUGCCAAUCGUUUAUACGCCAACGGUGGGCCUAGCAUGUACCCAGUACGGACAUAUUUUUAGAAGGCCAAAGGGCUUGUUCAUUGCCAUAACUGACAGGGGCCAUGUUAGAUCCGUCAUAGGUAACUGGCCAGAAAACGAUGUGAAGGCUGUUGUAGUCACUGACGGUGAGAGAAUCCUGGGCCUUGGAGAUCUGGGCGUGUACGGAAUGGGGAUCCCGGUCGGUAAACUCUGUCUCUACACAGCCUGCGCCGGCAUACGACCCACUAAAUGCCUUCCUGUGUGCAUCGAUGUCGGAACUGACAAUCAGACUCUUCUGCAGGACCCGUUCUAUAUGGGGCUCUACCAGAAACGAGACCGGUCACAGCUUUAUGACGACCUCAUCGAUGAGUUCAUGGAGGCCAUUAUAGACAGGUAUGGCCAAAGCACGCUCAUUCAGUUUGAAGACUUUGGGAACCACAAUGCUUUCCGCUUUCUGAGGAAGUACAGGGAGAAAUACUGCACCUUCAACGACGAUAUACAAGGGACGGCUGCGGUGGCCUUAGCUGGUUUGUUGGCGGCACAGAAGGUUAUCAGUAAGCCGCUCACGGAGCACAGGAUCUUGUUCCUUGGGGCGGGAGAGGCUGCCCUUGGCAUUGCAAAUCUCAUCGUCAUGGCGAUGGUGGAAGGGGGGCUUUCCACAGAAGAAGCUCAAAAAAAGAUAUGGAUGUUUGACAAAAAUGGCUUACUGGUUCAGGGCCGGGAACAGAAGGUGGAUGCCAACCAAGAGCCCUUCAGUCACCCGGCCCCAGACCAGGUGCCCAAAACCUUCUUAGAAGCAGUAAACGUUCUUCAACCUUCUGCCAUCAUUGGAGUUGCGGGCGCCGGCCGGCUCUUUUCCCACGACGUGAUCCAAAUGAUGGGCUCCAUCAAUCAGAGACCAAUAAUAUUUGCACUGAGUAACCCGACUGCUAAAGCUGAAUGCACCGCCGAGGAUGCAUAUACCUUAACAGAGGGGCGUUGCCUUUUUGCUAGUGGCAGUCCGUUUGGGCCAGUGAAGCUGAGUGACGGCCGAGUCUUCAAACCAGGCCAGGGAAACAAUGCUUACAUAUUUCCAGGUGUCGCUCUUGCGGUUGUGCUCAGUGGUGUCCGACACAUUAGUGACAAAGUGUUCCUGGAAGCUGCAAAGACGUUGACUGAGCAGCUGAGUGAGGUCGAUCUGGCCCAGGGAAGGCUGUACCCACGGCUCAGCAACAUCAGAGAGGUUUCCAUUAAAAUUGCUGUUAAAGUUAUGGAGUAUUUGUAUGCCAACCACAUGGCUUUCCAUUAUCCUGAGCCCAAGGACAAGAACCAGUACAUCCGGUCCAACGUCUGGACCAGUGAAUACGAAUCCUUCUUGCCUGAUUUGUACGACUGGCCUGCGUCUAUAUCAUACCCACCCAAGAUGCAGUGACUUUGCCUCCAGACGGAUUCCUCAGGUAGCACUUGAAUUCCGCAGGGAACCCCCUUCCUCGACCAGUUUCCGGAUCAUAAGACUCCUAGCUUAUUGUUCUUCCAUUUUUCUCCUAAACGCCCAGUGUGACCACCCCUCCGGUUUCUCAACGUGUGGAUUUUGCCUGACAGGAAAGACCUGGGUUCCCACAGAUGGACUAAUUCAAUGCAGAAAGUUGCUUUAUAUACUUUGAAGUUCGAUACUACAACCCUUGCUUCAAAGGCAGUUGAACCACACGCAGGGGAUCUUUCUCGACAUCUCAUCUUAGGCCUCAUUUUAUACGGCUUGGCAAAAUCAAAACGGAGGUGCCUUUUCUGGAUUGUGUCCCUUCGGGUUAUGGACGGCGGGUUGUGUAUUUACAUCGGAUUUUGAAGAAUGCAUUCCAUCCACAUCUACGUCUGUGUGUGUAGAAAAAAUUGGCAUUUUGGGGAGAAGGGUGUGGUUGGGUUGAGGUAGCCAGAACGCAGAUAGCCAAACUGACGGUUGGGUCUGAACUUGAAACUGUCACUGUGUGACUUUGGUUAUGUGAACCUUUCCUCUAUUUAUCCCACCUGCCCCACAAGCAAGAAGGUGCACUGCGGCUGGUGGUUUUGGUUUGUUUGGGUUUUUUACUUACUUUGCCAUUUAAAACUGUUGUUCUGCAUCGUUGCAAUCCUUAGCUUCGGUUUCGGGGGCUUCGGUGCACACCCUCAACUCUGUUGUUUCUGCUGCCAUGGGAGGUCAUCCCCCCUUGGCAUUUCUGUUCUUCAGUCCUGUAAAUGAGGAAGUUGGUUCAUGCCAAAUCCUGCCUUGGACGCUCUCCUUGGACCUUUGGAUCGGAGCCACUCUUCAUCUGUCAAAGUUCUUUAUUGUACAGUUGCUUAUUUAAAACGGUAGCCGACCAGGUCUUUUAGAAAACGCAGCUAUUCCUGGAAAACGAAAAGCACUUCUCUUGGAGAAAUAAACC